AUGAACCAUGUGCUUGGGUCCCGGGAUCUGCUCCUCGUCAUAGCGUCCUACCAGCGAGGCUUCGACCACGAGACGCUCGUGCUGCGCCGGCUCCUCCGCGACGUCCGGCUGCACGACCUCAUCCAGCUCCAGCAGAAGAACGCGCCGCAGUACCGCAGUGCGUGCGCCGCUGCCUUUGGCCCGUUCCACGACCGGCUCCGGCCGCGCAGCUUCGUGUACGACUGGGGCCGCCUCCAACUACGCUACCACAUCCAGUACUAUGGCCUCGUGUACGGCCACCUCAGCAUCGUGCAGUCCAUGACGCCGUUCGACUGCAAGGUGCUGGCCUACACGCAAUGGAUCGUCGCCGCCUUCUUUGGCCACGUGCAUGUACUCGCCUUCCUCUACGAGCACGACCGCGCGUGCUACGACACGCGUGCGAUGCGCGUCGCAUCCUCGAACGGCCACCUGGACGUCGUCCGCUUCCUGCACGAGCGCGGGUUCCCGACCGACCGUCUCAUGCACCUCGCGUGCGUCGGCGGGCACCUCGCGCUCGCCCAGUACGCCCGCGACAUGAAGCUCGACUACGGCGUCGGCACGGCGACCAUUAACUUCACCGCCAGUAACGGCCACGUCGAGACGCUCCGCUUCCUCCACGAACAUGGCUACGAAGGCUUCUCGUCGUGCGCGAUGGACGCCGCCGCACGCCAUGGCCACGUCGCGGUAGUGCGGUUCCUGCACGAGGCGCGGCCCGAGGGCUGCUCUGAGAAGGCGCUCCUGGACGCAGCCCAGCACGGCCACGUGCAAGUGGUGCGCUUCCUCGAGGCGCAUUAUACCGCGCUGGACGUCGCCGGCGCGGCGCGGGUCGCGGCGUACAUGGGGCAUAUGGAGGUCGUCGAGGUGCUUUUGAAGCGACGCCGCCGGGAGAUCGAGCUCGGCGACGUUGAAAAGGCCGCGCGGCAAGGCAAGAUCGCGGCCUUCUCGGACCAGCGGAAGCGCGCGUGCCAGAUGAUCAUCGAGUACGCCGGCGGCGGCCACCGCGCCAAGAAGCGCAGCGAGAGCGCGGAUUCGUGUCGUAUUCAGUAG